AUGCAACCAGGAAUUUGCUUGCGUGGCUUGCAUAAAAAAAGGGAAGAAUGCUUCCGGAAACAAGACAACUAUUUAUUAGCAUUUCUCUGUGUGUCGAGCGCUAAUGAUUGGAAAACAUUAAACGAUUAUUUACCGCAGCAGUCAAAACAUCUACAAAAUAGAAUCAGCAUCCAGCUUCAUAUUUGUUGUGAACAGAGCGAUUUAUAA